AUGGUAAAGAAGAAGGACGGCAGCAUGCGGUUUUGUGUUGACUACCGUCGCCUGAACGACGUUACAAAGAAGGACAGCUAUCCCUUGCCAAGAAUUGAUGACACGCUGGACAUGCUUACAGACGUAAAGUGGUUUAGUACGCUGGAUCUGAAAAGUGGCUACUGGCAGGUUGAAAUUGACCCUAAGGACAAGGAGAAAACUGCAUUCUCCACAGGAAAGGGCCUGUGGCAAUUUAAAGUCAUGCCGUUUGGAUUGUGCAAUACUCCAGCAACAUUUGAAAGGUUGAUGGAGCUUGUACUUACCGGGCUAAUUGGAGAUGCCUGUCUGGUCUAUUUGGAUGACAUCAUCAUCGUAGGCCGUACGUUUGAGGAACACCUUCAAAACCUGGAACGUGUGCUCACAAAGAUCCAGAGUGCCAACCUCAAGUUGAGUGCGAAGAAGUGCUCACUAUUCAAACGGCAAGUUAGUUUUUUGGGGUAUGUAGUGUCGGAAGAAGGUAUCCGCACGGAUCCAGAGAAAAUUGCUGCUGUCAAGGAGUGGCCGGUCCCAAAAGACAAGACACAGGAGCUCAAGAACCGUCUGUGCAAAACACCUAUUUUGGGGUACCCUGAUGCGGGCAAGGAAUUCAUAGUUGACACAGACGCAAGUGAUAUAGGACUUGGCGGUGUGUUGUCUCAACGGAAUGGUGAUCAAGAGAUUGUGAUAGCGUACUUCAGCAAGUCGUUGUCAAAGCCGGAAAGGAACUAUUGUGUCACAAGACGGGAAUUGCUUGCUGUGGUAAAGUCCUUGCAGCAUUUUAGCAAAUAUCUCCUGGGGCGGAAAUUCUACUUACGAACUGACCAUGCUGCACUGAAAUGGCUAUUGCAGUUCAAAAAUCAGGAAGGACAAGUUGCGAGAUGGAUCGAACUACUGCAGGAAUACGACUUUGUGAUCGAACAUCGCAGCGGGAAAUCUCAUGGCAAUGCAGUUGCAUUGUCAAGAAGACCUUGCCCUGAAGAUUGCAAACAUUGUACUAGGCAAGAGGGUAAGGAAGUGGUAUCUGUGAGAAUGCUCAGGACAGACCAGCUCAGCAAUGAGUGGAAGGACAGCCUACAACAUGCACAGCAGGAAGAUUCGGACAUUAAGCCGAUUCUAGAAUGGAUGAAGGCCAGUGCUCCUAAGCCCAAGUGGAGCGACGUCUCAGCAAUGAGUUCGACCACGAAAAGCUAUUGGGCCCAAUGGGACAGCUUGCUGAUUCAGGAUGGAGUCCUGUGCCGUAAAUGGAAAAAUGGUCGGGGAGACAGGUGUCAUUUGCAAAUGGUUGUCCCUAAGGCUAAAGUCCCGGAUAUUCUACAGCUGUACCAUAGUGGUUGUUCAGGAGGCCACCUGGGAGUUAAACGAACUCUCCUGAAGAUACGAGAACGGUUUUACUGA